AUGGCGAUCGUAUGGGCUAGGAAGAGCCUUCGGGCGGUGGGCAGCGGAGGCAGCGGAGGGCAGGAGCUGUCGGGCACGGGCAAGGGAGGUGAUCUUGCGGUGGCAGAAGGGGCUGGCAGGGGUGGCGUUCAGGAGGUGGGGCGAGGCAGGGGAGGAGGCGAGGGAGGCGAGGGCGAAGACGUCGAGGAUCGUCAGGCGUAUGCUGAACAUGCAGCUAGCAACGGCGCUAGAAAGGUGGGCAAGCAACGCGACCAGCCAGAGGGAAGCCAGGGAUCGAUGCAGGCGAGUAGUCCAACGCAUGCUGCAGGUCAAGGCAGCCGUAGCGUUCGCAAGCUGGGCCGAAGGGACAGCAGAGAGCAAGCGAGUACGGACAAGCCUCCAGCGACUGUGCGGCCGAUGGCGAUCGUAUGGGCUAGGAAGAGCCUUCGGGCGGUGGGCAGCGGAGGCAGCGGAGGGCAGGAGCUGUCGGGCACGGGCAAGGGAGGUGAUCUUGCGGUGGCAGAAGGGGCUGGCAGGGGUGGCGUUCAGGAGGUGGGGCGAGGCAGGGGAGGAGGCGAGGGAGGCGAGGGCGAAGACGUCGAGGAUCGUCAGGCGUUGGCUUCAAGUCUCGGUGUCCCGCGUCUUCAUCGGAUGACGUUGGAGUGCCACCAUUGUCGCUUCUCCUCCCUCUUCCUUGACCACAUGCAUGAGCUUCAGGCUGAGCUACAAGCUCUGAGGGCUGACCUUGACGGCUGGACGAAGGAUCUGAGGAGGAGGAAGCAGAUGGAGCUGGUGAUAGCAAGCCUCUACGAGCACGUAGAUCGUGAGGCAUCCGACCCCACCAGCUCUUACAGCUCUGCUGCUCAGUGCCGACAGCUCGAAGUUUCAGCAGGGCAGGGGGGAAGGAACCCUCCGGAGGAAAGAAGCUCGAGCAUCGAGAGUUUCUCCCUGCGACGGCGACUGAUGAAGUUCCUGGGAUCACUUCACAUGCACCAAGUCAUGGAGCAGAGGAUCCAAGUGGAGUUUGACAAGCUCCUCCAGCUGAACCAGCAGCUGGACGCGUCUCUCGCCUGCCGUGUGGAGGACAGCAAGACUGCUGCACGUACCGUCAACAGCAGCUCGGCAGAGGCUGAGCAAGGCGACCUGGCUGUGCUGAACCGGCAGGAGGAGGAGGAGGAGGAGGAGGAUGCGGAGGUAGAGGGAGAGGUCAAGCUUGGGUCGCCGGGCUCGAACCCCAUGGCACAGGUGCACGUAGCUGACCUGCUGCUGGGCGAAGUAGUGUGGAUGUUCUGA